AUGCUCCCUACCCACCCCUUUAUCCACGGUAUUGAAAAUAUGCCCCUGCUGCUGAGCACAGCACCUCAUCACAUUCACAAUUUUGUGCCACCUCCAUAUUCCAUGCAUGUUCCUGUACAUGCUCCAAAUCCUGUGCCAAUGCAGGUCAAUGCUAGGCCAGCUCAGCAGCCAGUUGUCACUUCCAAUAUUACCAUCUUCAUUCCAUUAAAUUCUGGUGUUGUUGGAGGUCAUAUGGACUUGGACCCAGCAGAUGCUGAACUAGGGUACAAGUUUCAUACCAACCAUGCCCAUGAUGACCCCCAUCAGCUCUCUGACAAGCAGCAGCUUCAUGAAGCACUAGAACGAGGCAGGCAGCUGAUCGAUCAUUCUCAUACUCAAGAGACCAUUCUUGAAUUACACAACCUGAAGAGACCACAUGCAACUACUCUCAGCUUCACAGCUGAGUUCCACAAACUUAAGAACAAGCUAGACUGUGUGAAGCACCCUGGCAAAUUCUGCUACAUCAACCCCAUCAGUGGUGACCACAAAGCACAAGAUAUUUACAACCUCACGCUCUGGGCAAAAAAAAUCUUCUUGGGCAAGGCCACUUAUGAGAAACCUCCCGAGACAGCUGCUUUUGAUCAUAUCUCAAAAAAGCAUCGAGUAUCUUCCACAACUGCCUCACAAGCUGGUCCUAGUUUACCUGCGAUUCACAGUCCAUCUCCCUCUGACAACUGCUACACAGCCACUCAGUGA